UUCUCCCGCCGUCUGUUUGUGUGGUAGCGGGAAACGAAAUUCAAACAGACGUCCCUCAAAAAGCUUGCUUAUCUGUCAUGUCUCCACACCCAAUUCAUGUCUGUGCCGACUGUCGACUGCCGACUGAUUCUAGUUCUCUGUUCUCCACAGUGAGAAAAACACUGUCACUGCUGUGUUCGGAAGAAAAAAUUGAGAGGUAGAUGGACAAUAAGAGUCCCAGCAAGUGCCCCGGAGUUCGUCUCAUUGGUGGUAGAAUCUAUGAUUCUGAUAAUGGAAAAACUUGUCAUCAGUGUCGGCAAAAGACAAGAGACUUCACCGCUCAAUGUAAGAACAAAAAAGGGCAGAAAAUAUGUUCCAUUAACUUCUGUCACAAAUGCCUUUUGAACAGGUAUGGAGAGAAAGCAGCUCAUGUGGAACAAUUGAAAGAGUGGAGUUGUCCAAAGUGUAGGGAUAUUUGCAAUUGUAGCGUCUGCAUGAAGAAACGAGGUCACAGACCUACUGGUAUGCUAGUGCACACGGCAAAGGAACAAGGGUUUUCUUCGGUGUCAGAAAUGCUUAAAGUCAAUGGCCCUGAAAUACCCGAGGCACGAUCUUCUUCUGAAAAGGAGCCUGUAGUUGUUUUGCCCAGAAAGCAAGGAAAGGAAAAUUCUUUUGAUGGGGACAGUGAUACAAAUGUGGAUUCUCAAGAAAAAUUGGCAAUGGCAAAUGAGAGUCACUCAGAUAAAACAGAAAAAGGAGGGUUGAGGGAAAUAAGCAAUAGCAAUGUAGACGAUGAUGGUGCCUUAAGGAAUAGUAGGGCAAAGAAGCCCAAAAUUUGUGAGGACGGUAAUAAGAAGGAAGUGAAGAAGAGUGAAAAGGAUGGAGGUGAACUCAAGGAGAAAAAGAAGUCUGAGACACAGAUUUUGAAGGCUGCUUCCUUGGAUGUGGAUCAAAAUCAAAAGAUAAAUAGGGGAACAUGCAAAGAUGCAAGAACAGCAAUAGAGUCAUGCCAUUUUAAGAUGAGUGCUGCAGAAUUUCAGAACGAAAAAUUUGAUGCUAAGAUUCAAUUGCCACAAGGCUCCAGGUUGACAAUUGUAGAAGAUGUUUUGUUUCCUCCGGAAGAUGUUGGGCACGCAUUGCAAUUCUUAGAAUUCUGUUCAUCUUUUGGAAAGGUCCUAAAGUUGAAGAAAGGAAAUGCUGGAAUUGUAAUUAAGGAAAUUGCACAUGGGGCAAGUGGUCGUCGCUCACAAUACACUAUAUUAGCUUGGAUUCAGAUUCGAUUAUUGUCUUUGAUACUGGAAGACAAGGGAGAAAGAUCUAAAUCCCUUAGUCCAACAAAAGGACAACAUCCAUGGGUACAAGCUCUAGGGAAACUUGUCUAUGAAUACCCAUACAUGUCAAGUGAGUUCCCUUCUGACUGUUUCAACGGGGGCAUUGAUGGAUAUGAGAAAUUAACUAUCACAAAAAAGUUCAAGCUCUUGAACUUUCUAUGUGAUAAAGCACUAAGCACCAAGUGCUUGAGGAGGGUCAUUGAUGAUCAAAAUUCAAAAUUUCUACUAAGGGAGAAGGAAGCUAAAGAAAAGAUUUCAGUAGCAAAGGAUAAGAAAAAAUGGUUGAAGCAGAAGAUACAGGAUGAGUUGGCUAAAGCCAUUAUGGCAAAGACUGGUGCUUCCCUUUCAGUUUCUGAGCAUGAAGCUCUAGUGUCUCAAAUAAAAAGUAAAGCAGCGGAAGCUCAUAUGGAGAUGCUGGAGGCAAAGGGCAUGGCACUAAAGAUGGAACAAAGAUCUGAUGCUGUUAGAACGGAGCCCAUCCUUUCAGAUACUAAUGGUUCUGUACUUUGGAAAUUGAAGUGCUACACCGGUGAACCAAAUGUUUUGCUUCAAGAUAUGGGGACUGUGGAUUCUGAUGCACAUGAUGAAAAAUGGUUUUCUUAUGACGCCGACCAGAAAGAAGAAAUUGAGAAAUGCAUUUCUUCUUUAAAGAGAAAACGGGUUUUAGGCUGCAGCAACCACCUUUUGACUGCAUGAAGACCUGGCACACUUUCAGUAUGAAAUGCAGCUUCUGCUUGAAUUCUGUAUUUUGUAUUUUUUUUUUGUAUGGUCUUCACUUUGAAAAACCACAAGUUCCUUGGAGUCAGUUUUUCUGAAUGUAAUACAGUAACAUAUGCUAAUGGAUUGGCCUAGAAGUAAUUCUUGAUUAGUAGCUUGUGUUUCAUUACAA